GAAGAGAUAUACUGGGGCUUCUGACCACUGGAUCAACCUGCACAGAGAGUCAUCAGAACACCCUUGGAUGUUUACAGACAACACUGAAUAUAACAGCUUGUUUGUGUAUCACAUGAAGGCACAGUGCCUACAGAAGCCAGAAGAGGGCAAUGGACCCCCCCGAAAUGGAGGUGUACAUUGUUAUAAAAUUCUCCAAGGAAAAAAUCUCAGAACCAUCUCCCCUGAGUCUUCUGCUAAGCUUUACUGCUGCUAUGGAGUGAUCAUGGUCCUCACUGUAGCUGUAGUUGCUCUUUCUGUUGCUUUGUUUGCAAAANAGANAGAANAGAUCACAGUAAACAAUGCCUAUGCUGCUUGCCCGAAAAAGUGGAUUGGAGUUGGAAAUAAAUGUUUUUAUUUUUCUGAAAACUCAAGAAACUGGACAUUUGCCCAGAACUUCUGCAUGGCACAAGAGGCUCAACUAGCUCGAUUUGACAACCAGGAUGAGCUGGAUUUUCUAAUGAGAUACAAGGGGAAUGUUGAUUGUUGGAUUGACCUGAACAGAAAGUCAUCAAAGCACCCUUGGAAGUGGACAGACAACACUGAGUAUAACAACAUGAUUCCCAUCCGAGGAGAGGAAACAUAUGCCUACCUGAGCCGCAAUGGGAUCAGCAGUUCCAGGAGUUAUGUUCAUCGGAUGUGGAUCUGUAGCAAGCUCAACAACUAUAGCCUCCCCUGCCAAACUCCUUCUCCUGUCUAGCAUUUACCAAGAGACUCUUCUUAGCCUGUUAUCUAUGGGUGCUACUUUUUCCCCUAUGGUCCCACAGUGCUAUCAAACCGUAUUGAGAAUAUUUUUU